CACCAGUCAGUACUACCGUGGCGGCGGUGCUAACGCGGCGAAACGCGAAACUCCGGGUGCGUGUGGCUUGAUCGUCGAUGCCAGCGGCUGGUUGACGAGGCUGGAUUAGCGUGCCAGCGGUACUGUGUGUUUGUGAACAGCACACUGCUCUACUAGCACACUGGCGCAGUCGGUGCGCAUUGACAUUAACCUGAUUCCAAGAGCCCCCCGCCGCUAUGAGCCCGUCCCUGGCAGCUUGGGCAAUCGGACACGGAACUUGAACUUGAGCUCACUCCGAGGCCCUCGUGCGUCUACACAUUCUGCUGCACAAUCUGCUGUGCUGUGCAUUGGGCUGGACUGACUGAUCGUGUGAUAUUUUUGUGUUGCAGAAUUUGGCUUGUGUGUGUGUGUGUGUGUGUGUGUGUGUGUGUGAGGGAGCAUUUUCCCAUUUCCCUUACCGUUCUCUUUCGUGCGGUUUUUUGUUUGUGUUUUGUUUCCUUAUUGCCCAUUUCCGUGUCACCGAACACGUGGUGUUUAAUUAAUUGUUUAUGUUUGCAAAAGUGUUGAGAGCUGUGUUAAAGAAGUUGAAUACCAAAUUAAAAAAAAAAACGAAGGAAACGAACCGUGCCGCAGCAAACAAAACUUUACGGAUCGCUGUUUAUCAGUUCUGCUCGGGGUCGGGCUUUGGCCAUAACAACCAAGUCUGGCGACGGCGAAUAGCAAGAAAAGUUUGUUGAAAAGUGAAAUCAAACGACACGGAAAUCGAUCAAGCGUGACCAAUUGUUUUUAUCUCCUUCAUUUUUAGUGUGUUUUUGUCCAUCUGUUUGAGUUUGCAUCUGAUUGGAGACGAAAAAAAAACAAAUGAAAAUCGCCAGUGUGAGUGAAUGUACAAAAUAAAAGAAAAGAAAAUUAACAACGAAGCGCGCCUAUCAGCCAACGAUGCGAUGGUGAGUGGGUGAAAAAAGUGAGAAAAGUGUUAUGAAUUUGUAUUGUAGGUGGAAAAUUGUUCCCUUCUCCCGCCCGCAAUCAACGAGUGUGAUUUGUUUGUGCACCGUAGUUCAACAUUAAUCAGCGCAAAACGCCCAACGCCAACAGUUGGCCAUGAGCGGCGGGAAAAUUGUCGCCGGAAUGAAACAGUUUGAACGCGAACCCUGCCCGAUCCAGUGUGUGUACGAUUUCAGCGAGAAAGCAUAGCAGCAGCAGCAACACCAGCACGUGUUACUGAAGAAGGUGUUAACGGAUUGGCGUCCCUUGUACCGUGCUACACAUCCUUGCCCUGUUUGUUUGUAUUUUCCGUGGAAAAAAGAAAAGAAAAGGAAAACGAAAACAAAAAUUUAGAAGUGCCAGUGCGGUGCCGACCGAGCACAUGACUGGUGGCCCGGAUGCGUCCCUCCUGGUGGAUCCGUCGCUGGCCGGCACAAUGUCUGCGGUGAGCAAUCUCAGCACCCUCUCGGCCGCCGGUAGCGGCAACCAUCUGCUGCACCUAGCCGACCACGGACACUCGCACCAUGACCACCAGCACGCGUCCGGCGGAGCGCGGAAGCGAAAGUUUUCCUUCAAUGACACGAGCGACAUUGAAGAUGACACCUGUGAUGAUUCAAAAUCCGUCAGAACGGCCGACGAGAGCAAAAAGCAAAACCACAGCGAGAUCGAGAAACGGCGGCGGGACAAAAUGAACACCUACAUCACGGAGCUGUCCGCGAUGAUACCGAUGUGCCAUGCGAUGUCCCGCAAGCUGGACAAGCUCACCGUGCUGCGGAUGGCGGUGCAGCAUCUGAAAACGAUCCGGGGUGCGGUGCACUCCUACACCGAGGGCCACUACAAGCCGGCCUUUCUGUCCGAUCAGGAGCUGAAGAUGCUGAUAUUGCAAGCGGCCGAAGGGUUCCUGUUUGUGGUCGGGUGCGAUCGGGGAAGAAUACUGUACGUGUCGGAGUCCGUAUCGCACAUACUGAACUACUCGCAGGGUGAUCUUCUUGGGCAGAGUUGGUUCGACAUUCUGCACCCGAAAGACGUCGCGAAAGUGAAGGAGCAACUCUCAUCAUCGGAUUUAAGCCCGCGGGAACGUCUGAUCGAUGCCAAAACAAUGCUGCCGGUAAAGACGGAUGUCCCUCAGGGUGUAACGCGGCUCUGUCCCGGCGCUCGCCGUUCCUUCUUCUGCCGGAUGAAGUGCAAAGCGAACGUGCAGGUGAAGGAGGAAGCCGACCAACCGAACAGUGUGUCCAGCGUGAACAACGUGUGCCAUCGGCGCAAAAAGCAGGUCAAUUCUGACAAGAAGUAUUCCGUGAUACAGUGCACCGGGUACCUGAAAUCGUGGGCCCCGGCCAAGAUCGGGCUGGAGGAGAACGAAACUGACGGUGAGGGCGAUUCGUGCAAUCUGUCCUGCCUGGUGGCGGUGGGCCGCGUACAACCCAACCUUAGCCAAAGCUGCAGCCUAUCGUCGAACGGACUGCACACACCCAGCGGCGCAAAUGGUGGAAGGUCGCGGAAUGGAAGUAACGUCGCCACGGGCCCCGGGUCGGGUGCGGGCAGUGGUGCAACAGGGUCCUCCAGCAACGGUAAUCCUUCGGCAACACCGAGCAAUGGGAGCAACGGGAAGCAGCUGAAUCGAAACACCAUCCCGAACCUGCGCAACGUUCAGUUCAUCUCGCGCCACGCGAUGGACGGGAAGUUUCUGUUUGUGGAUCAGCGGGCCACGCUGGUGCUGGGAUUUCUGCCUCAGGAGCUGCUCGGCACGAGCAUGUACGAGUACUACCACCACGAGGACAUACCGGCGCUGGCCGAAUCCCACAAGGCUGCCCUGCAGGGGACGCAGUGCGUCACCACCUCCGUCUAUCGGUUGCGCACGAAAGAGACGGGCUUUGUGCGGCUGCAGAGCGAGUGGAAAUCGUUCCGCAAUCCGUGGACGAAGGAGAUCGAGUAUCUGAUCGCGAAGAAUAAUGUGAUCUUGGCGGAGCUGGGCGAUGGCGGGACGUCACGGGCCGGCGGGUACGGGAUGGGUGAGCUCGGCGAUGGUACGGGUGAGCCGGGUUCGGGUGCACCCGGCCAGCCGGGCGUUGGGUAUGAGUUCUUCAAUCACACGAAUGGACGUGAAAUUCAGCGCAUGAUCAAUUCGCACGUGGAGGCGAGCAAAAUUGGCCGCCAGAUUGCGGAACAGGUGCUGGACCAUCAGCGACGAGUGGGAGACUCUUCGUCAGAGAGUAGUCCCAAUCCGAACGAACCAACCCUACAACCUGCCUUCAGCUCCGCACUGUCCGAGGCGAACCAUUCGAACGAUGCAAUCACUUCCGGCGAACACAGCAUGGUCACCUCGACCGGCGUGUCGCCUUCCUCGAUGGCCGUCGUGCCGCCGACAGUGACGACGCGCAUCAACGGAACCCUGCCCGGCUAUAGCCACGUGCAGACGAACGCCAUCAUCAGCCCAGAACAUGAUGUAUCGCAAACGCAAGCCAGCAGCACGGACGGAAACGAUGAGGCAGCGAUGGCCGUCAUCAUGAGCCUGCUGGAAGCGGAUGCCGGUCUCGGUGGUCCGGUCGAUUUUUCCGGCCUGCCCUGGCCAUUGCCGUAGGGCGUCUUCACCGACGUGAUUGUAUGGCACUUGUGCAUGUGAGAAAGUUACCAAAUCAACGUUGAAUAGGAAAACGGAAAUGCUUCUGCCCUGGGCGGAGGCGUCCAAUGUACAAACUGCUUGCAGCUGCGUUAGAGCUAGAGAGCGAGCGAAGGAGGGAGAGGGAGAUGGAGUAAAAGGACGAGAGAUGCUACCCUAUAAGGGCCGAAUUAGUACAGCAGGCUGGAGGAAGCUGAGUAAAUAUAGCGGUAAGCUAGCGUUAAUAACGGAUACUGAUUCCUACGGUGCACUGUGAUGGGUGUUUAAAUGAGGUUAUGAAAGUAAACAUAGAGGAAAGCAAACAUAAAAGAAUGUACAAAGUAA